UACCGAAGUUCACAAUAAUAUUUCUCUAAUUUCCUUUUCAUUUUCAAAUAUUUGUCUCUCAACAAAUGGAAUUAAUUCAUACAUUUCUAAACUUAGUAACGCCUCCAUUUACCUUCUUCACCCUUUUGCUUCUCUUGCCACCAUUUCAAAUUUUGAAGUUCUUUCUCUCAAUCUUGGGCUCCGUUUUCACAGAGGAUGUUGCAGGGAAAGUUGUUAUCAUCACCGGUGCCUCCUCUGGCAUCGGCGAGCAUCUUGCGUACGAGUAUGCGAAGAGAGGAGCUCGUUUAGUUCUUGCUGCGAGGAGGGAGAGAAGUCUUCAAGAAGUAGCCGAAAGGGCACGGGAUAUCGGGGCACCGGAUGUUGUAGUGGUUCGUGCUGAUGUUUCGAAGGUUGAGGACUGCCGAAGGAUAGUUGAUCAAACUAUGAAUCACUUCGGUAGAUUGGAUCAUUUGGUUAAUAAUGCUGGAGUUAUGUCAGUGUCUACGCUGGAAGAGGCUGAAGAUGUCACUGAUUUCAAAGCAAUCAUGGAUAUCAACUUCUGGGGUUACGCCUACAUGACAAAAUUUGCAGCUCCUUACCUCAGAAACAGCCAGGGUCGAAUAGUUGUGCUUUCUUCAUCUGCAUCUUGGUUGCCAGGACCGAGAAUGAGUUUCUACAAUGCGAGCAAAGCGGCAGUUGCACAGUUUUUCGAGACACUGAGGAUCGAGUUCGGGCCCGACAUUGGGAUUACUCUCGUCAUGCCUGGGUUCAUAGAAUCCGAACUUACACAAGGCAAAUUCGUAAGUAAAGCUGGAAAAGUUGAAGUUGAUCAGGAUAUGAGAGAUGUUCAAGUGAAUAUAAACCCUAUCCAGAGAGUUGAGAGCUGCGCGAAGGCAAUUGUUAACAGUGCUUGCCGGGGAGAAAGAUACCUGACUGUGCCAGCAUGGUUUAGGGUCAGUUUCUUCUGGAAGACUUUCUGCCCAGAGGUCCUUGAGUGGUUGUACAGAUUGUUAUAUAUCACCAGCCCCGGGAACUCAUCGAAAGAGGCAUUUGGCAAGAAGUUAGUCGAUCUCACAGGAGCAAAGGCGGUUCUCUAUCCUGAAACUGUCCAAACACCAGAAACAAAGAAGGAUUAAGGUUGUACUGGAAAUGGUUUUCUGAUGUUCAUAAGUUUUGAGUUUAUGUCGAGUUGCUUUUGUCUUCUGUUGGUAACACUGAUGUACCUAACAAAUAUGGUUUGUACAUUAAGUUUGGUUUGAAUAAACUUGAACUGUUGUGUGGAAUGA